GUUCAGUCCUGUCCGUGUGGCGGCGCUGUGAGACCCCCGGUGCCCGCUGCAACAAGUCUCUGUAUGUGUGUGUGAAUGCCGGGGCCUGCAGCGGAGCGCAGGAUGGCGGCGGCUGUCGGUGCGGCUGCUGUGGAGGCCGAAUCGUCGGACAGUGAGCCGGAGCAGGAGCACGGAUCCCCGCAGAAACUCAUCCGGAAGGUCUCCACGUCCGGGCAGAUCCGGAGCAAGACGAUUUUAAAAGAAGGAAAGCUGAUGAAACAGACAAAUUUUCAGCGCUGGAAAAGACGUUACUUUAAACUACGGGGAAGAACGCUGUACUAUGCUCAGACGGCCAAGUCAAUCAUUUUUGAUGAAGUUGAUCUGACGGAUGCCAGCGUAGCAGAAUCCAGCACCAAGAACGUCAACAACAGCUUUACUGAACCACAUCGAACCACAUCGAUCUCAAACCCUCAAUGCUCAAGAACAACCAUAACAACAAAAACAACAAACAAUUGCGAGCCGGCCAGAUCCAGCUCCGUUCCUGCUUGGUGUCGUACUCCACUGCUAUUUGUCUCUGAGUGAUGACGACUACAUGCAGCCGGUGCCAGCCAGACAUCACUUCAGUCUUUUGACUUCAGAGGAUGAACUGAUGCCAACUCCAACUGUAAGACAUGGGAUACUUCAUAUGCCACUGCCUGAACCUUGGACUUAUGACCGGCCGGUUGAACUGCGAGGCACCUCACUGAUCUCUGCCUGCAUCACCUCGGUCUAAUGAUGGACUACACUCUUAUAAUGGAAUGCAUAGACUAUCAAUUAAUUGCCAACAAAACCCUUCAUCAGACAACUAACAAAGGACAAUGCAUCUAUGUGAACUUCUGCAGUUAAUCCAGGAUGAACUUCAAAGACAGUCAUUAAUCUUACAGUUCAUACAAAAUCUUUGUUUCAGCACUGGCCCUUAACACUUACUUUCUAAUUUUAAACCAUGACUUGGACUGCACAUAAAUAACUAAUAUUGGCAUUAUAUUCAUGUUGUUUAGUCAGAGGGGAACUGGCCCCCACAUUGAGGCCAGUCUCACAUGGAGUUUUGUGUUCCUUUCCAAAGUCGCCUUCAGCUUGCUCACUGGGGUUCUAAAUACAAUUAUAUUUAAUACAACUAUUUAAUUAUAUAUUUUUAUGCACAAUUUACAAUUACAUAAUGAUGACUGUAAGACUUUAUAGAUAUUACAGUUUCAUUUUCUGUUAAUGCAUGAUUUUCUGUAAAGCUGCUUUGAAACGAUGUGUGUUGUGAAAAGCGCUAUACAAAUAAAAAUGACUUGACACACACACACACACACACACACACACACACACACACACACACAGAUGUCUGCUAAAUGGGGACAUCUAUCGUUUUUAUAUAAAGCUUACUGUAAUUAUUAUAAACAGACACUUUUUUUGCAUUAAUAGAAUUUUAAAAAUAAUUAUUUAAUUUAUGCAUUAAUCGUUUUACAAAUUGAGGAUGUCCCAAAAUGUGUCCAAAGGGAGGUUUUGUCAGAUUUUGCUCACUUCUGGUUACAAAAUUAUAGCCAAGUAACCACACACACACACACACACACACACACACACACACACACACACACACACUGGAGUCUGUUUAUUCUGGUAAACAAAAGUGUGAGAGAGAGAGAGAGAGUGUGUAUGUGUGUGUGUUUGUUUUCAUACUCAUUUUUGCUCUGGUGGUGAUGUGUUGGUUAGUGGGUGGGGUCUCUGAAAGGAAGUGGGUCUGUGAGUCACUGAGAUGGAAAGAGGGAGGAGUCUGUGAAAGACUGAGGGGAGGAAAAGAGAUGGAUCAGCUGAGGAAAGAGAGAAAAUGAAGAAUUAGCUGUCUCAUAAACUGCUCAACAAACUACGCAGACAAACAGAAAGAGAGGAGAGAGAGACAGACAGAGAGAGACGAGCCUUCAAGGAGCAUCUGGAUUCUGCCAGCAAUAAGUAAUCACUCCGUGUCGUCGGUUGAUUUUGUGCGCAGAGAAUAGGAAAGAGAUGGAGGAAUGGAUCGCAGCACUGAAGAGUGUUCAGAACAGAGAACACUUUGAGUCCACUCAGUUCAGUAUGGAUCACUUUUCGGGGAUGCAUAACUGGUACGCCUGCUCGCACGCUCGUCCCACAUACUGUAACGUCUGCCGGGAGGCGCUGUCAGGGGUCACCUCUCACGGACUGUCCUGUGAAGUAUGUAAAUUUAAGGCUCACAAGCGUUGUGCCGUCAGAGCCACUAAUAACUGCAAAUGGACAACACUGGCCUCCAUCGGCAAAGACAUUCUAGAGGAUGAAGAUGGGAUCUCGAUGCCUCAUCAGUGGUUGGAGGGAAACCUGCCCGUCAGUGCAAAGUGUACCGUGUGUGAUAAAACCUGCGGCAGUGUUCUGAGACUGCAGGACUGGCGAUGUUUAUGGUGCAAAGCCAUGGUGCAUGCUGGGUGUAAAGAGCAGCUCUCUCUUAAGUGUCCGUUGGGUCAGUGUAAAGUGUCUGUGAUUCCACCCACCGCUCUCAACAGCAUCGACUCCGACGGGUUCUGGAAGGCGACGUGCCCCACGACCUGCACAAGCCCGUUGUUGGUGUUCGUCAACAGUAAAAGUGGAGACAAUCAGGGUGUGAAGUUUCUACGCCGAUUUAAGCAGCUUUUGAAUCCCGCACAGGUGUUUGACUUAAUGAAUGGAGGACCUCACCUGGGUUUGCGUCUGUUUCAGAAGUUCGAUACGUUUCGUAUUCUGGUUUGUGGAGGUGACGGCAGUGUUGGUUGGGUUUUAUCAGAGAUCGAUGCUCUGACGCUACACAAACAGUGCCAGUUGGGCGUGUUGCCACUGGGAACCGGGAAUGACCUGGCGAGAGUUUUGGGGUGGGGCUCGGCGUGUGACGAUGACACACAGUUACCCCAGAUACUGGAGAAACUGGAGAGAGCCAGUACAAAGAUGCUGGACAGAUGGAGCAUUAUGGUAUACGAGACCAAGUUUCCACGGCAACACUCCAGCUCCACUGUAACAGAAGACUGUAGUGAGGACUCCGAGGUAAAGGUGCAGCACAUUCUGACUUAUGAGGACUCGGUUGCAGCUCACCUCUCCAAAAUACUGACGUCUGAUCAGCACUCUGUGGUCAUCUCCUCUGCCAAAGUCCUGUGUGAGACUGUAAAGGAUUUUGUCGCGAGAGUCGGCCGUGCAUAUGAGAAGAACACAGAAAGCUCGGAGGAAUCAGAGGCCAUGGCUAAAAAGUGUGGUGUAUUAAAAGAGAAGUUGGACUCGUUAUUGAAAACGUUAAACGAGGAAGCCCAGGCCACCAGUGUGAUGCCCGCGCCUCCGCCCACCAUCGCUGAGGAGCAGGACGACGGGGAGGGAGUGGUGCUGGCUCCGCCCACAGCCCUACCCACAGUAACUCCCUGCUCGCCCCGCCCAACCGCCUCCAUCUUCAAACCGCGAGAACAGCUGAUGCUCCGUGCAAACAGCCUGAAGAAAGCCAUCAGACAGAUCAUAGAGCACACGGAGAAAGCGGUGGAUGAACAGAACGCUCAAACGGAGGAGGUUUUUGCUUCUCUGCCAGCGGAGGAGGAAGACGAAGAUGAUGAAGCUGAUAAAUUAUCUCUACAGUCUUCAUACAGCAACAGAGCACGACCCAGUAGAAGAGCCUCUAAGACUCCUUGUGAGAAGCUCAUCAAUAAAGGGAGUCUGUUGAUUGGUAGCUCCGCCUCACUCCCUGCCCAGACAGGAAGCAGGGAGAAUAUGCCCAUGCUGAACACCAAGAUCCUCUACCCAAGUCUCAGGGCAGGUGUGUCGGGCUCUUUCAGUGGUUCAGUCAUCAGCAGGCUGUUGGUGAAUGCCGACCUGUUCAACUGUGACCCAGAGAACCUGGAUCUGUACACAGAGAAAUGUGUGAUGAAUAAUUAUUUUGGAAUCGGUCUGGAUGCCAAAAUCUCUCUGGACUUCAACAACAAACGUGAUGAGCAUCCAGAGAAGUGCAGGAGUCGCACUAAAAACAUGAUGUGGUAUGGAGUUCUGGGCACCAAAGAGCUUCUUCACAGAACAUACAAGAACCUCGAACAAAGAGUCCUACUGGAGUGUGACGGGAGGCCCAUCCCUCUUCCGAGUCUCCAAGGAAUCGCUGUGUUGAAUAUUCCAAGUUACGCAGGAGGAACAAACUUCUGGGGCGGAACUAAAGAGGAUGAUAUGUUUACUGCGCCGUCGUUCGAUGAUAAGAUUCUGGAGGUGGUGGCUGUAUUCGGCAGCAUGCAGAUGGCUGUUUCAAGAGUUAUUAAUCUACAGCAUCACCGUAUCGCACAGUGUCGGAUGGUGAAGAUCACAAUUCUGGGUGAUGAAGGUGUGCCAGUACAGGUGGAUGGAGAGGCCUGGAUCCAGCCACCCGGAUACAUCCGAAUAAUCCACAAGAACCGCUCACAAACCCUCACAAGAGACCGGGAGUUCGAGAACACUCUGAAGUCGUGGGAGGACAAACAGAGAGGAGAGAUUCCACGGCUCGUAUCUCAGCAUGCGUCACAACCGGAGGUUGUUUCUGAAGAGGAAACCGCUCAGAUCAGUCUGUUUGGACAGGCGGCCGGUGCUCUGAUACACAGUAUCAGGGAAGUGGCGCAGUCUCAUCCCACUAUCGAGCAGGAAUUAGCUCAUGCUGUUAACGCCAGUUCUAAAGCCAUGGACCUGGUGUACGCAAACUCUAAAAGCAGUGGGGGUUUGACUUGUAAUGUGGUGAUGGAGAUGGUCAAUAAUGUUACAGCUCUUCACAGUGAAACUGAACUUCUGCUCUCUGGAAAGAUGUGUCUGCAGUUGGAUCCUCCUCAGCGGGAUCAGCUGAUUGGUGCGUUGGGAUCUGUCACUCAACAGUUACACAGACUGACAGAUAUCAGCUGGCUCAGUCAACUCAUUGACCCUGUUGACGAGGAGGAGGAAGGUCAGCUGUUUGAUUUCUCCAGGAGGAGUCGCAGUGCUAAAUUCCGCCUCGUGCCCAAAUUCAAGAAAGAUAAAAACAACAAAAAUAAGGAGAUGUGUGCCGCCCCCAACAUGCCUGUGUAUAUGUGGGGUGUUGAUGAGGUGGCCGUGUGGUUGGAGAUGCUGUGUCUCUCAGAGUAUAAAGAGAUCUUCAUCAGACAUGACGUCAGAGGACCAGAACUUCUUCAGCUGGAGAGGAGAGACCUGAAGGACUUGGGCGUAACUAAAGUCGGCCAUAUGAAACGGAUUCUGCAGGGAAUCAGGGAUUUGAGUCGAAACAGCAUAGUCAGCGAAGCCUAGACGCUCCGCAACCAAUCAGAUGCCUCAUUCAGAAGUGACCAGCUUCAUCUGGCCAAUCAAACGCUCGGUCACGACAGGAACCAGCCAUACACAGCCCACCGCCUCAUUGGGACCAACGCCAACUCCACUCAGAGCUCAGCCAAUCACAGUGCCUUCUGUUCUCCACCUUUGUGACAUCGUUUUGGGGAAAACUAUUUUACUACAUGGGAGGGUGGAGGUUUAUCAAGAGCCUUCAGCACACAAAGGGUCAUACCAAUAUCGGACAGGAGCAAGAAAAUACCUUGGCAAUCGUGUGCAGUGAACUUUAAAGUCAACAUGAAAUCAAAAUAGACCCUGUUUACUUUCUUAAUAAAUGUUCCUGGUGAGAUAAUGCACAAUAUUUUAAAGAAAAACCAAACAGAGUGUUUUAUUUUUUUUUUGUCAUAAACUUUCCUAAACAACUUUGAAACUACUUUUCUUUUCUGCUGAUGUCAUCAAGGCCGUGUGGGCGGGGUUAAAUUCUAGCUGCGUCCCAAAUCGCAUACUUCUGCACUAUUCUACACCUUUUUGUAGUGUAAGUGGUGUGUUCACAUUGAAAAUGCAGCGAAGAGUACUAUGAGUACCCGGUUGAUGUACUACUUCAACCAAAUAAAUGCCCACGGCUUGCCUUACGUAGCAGAAGAGGCGGGGUUACCUGGCCGUGAUUCAAACAUUUUUUAAAGAAUGUUGAAUGUGGCAACUAGCGAGACUUUUGUGAAGACAGAACCCUACAAAUGUGAGUUAAUGCUUUACCAUCACCCCACUCUCUGUGAAUUUGUGCGUUAUUUGAGAUAUAAAUGUUGGACUGAAGCUGGAUAACGCGGUAAAGCUAGCAGCAACACAUUGCAUGCGUUUGAAAUGUCACUUCCUUCAGUUGAAAAAUGGCGAAUGCUUCCAUGUUCCAUUUGAGACGAUACUACAAUUUGAAACUUCAUACACUAGAUGGCGAGUACAUUCAGUACAUACAGUGCAGAGUGGAAGCGCACAGUGUAUAGUGCAUCGUUUGGGACACAGCUAAUAUUUACCAAUAAUACCAUAGCCCAUGUUUCAAGAUCCCUUCAAAUCCUGGUGAAUAAAAUGAAGGCCUCAGAAAUGCAGGUCUUGUGGUCUACUGCCUACAUAGGCAGCUGCCUUCCUAACUGAAAUGGAAACUCAAAAGUCAACGAUUAAAAUGCUGUCUAUUCUAUGUGGGCAGCUCACUAGGUUUUGGAACAGAGUCUUUGUCAUUUGCACAGUUGCACUCCUUGCUCUGUGACUUUUAACAUAUUGACAUGACAAUCAAUCUAAUGCACUUAUCAGACUUGAUCAGUCAGUCUGUAAGCUUUGCCCUCUUCCUCCUCCAGUGUGUGUUUAAAUAGCAGGCCUUUACUUAUUAAAGAGAUUUAGGAUGCCUUAAUGUUCCACAAGCGUUCAGAGGAAUCGUGUAGGGCUAAAAACACUUCUCCGUUCUUAUAGUAUACCUCAUAACUGGCGUAUAUAAAAUGAGUUGCAGAUGGAUUGUGUGGUUUGGAAUGGAAACUGUUGAUGGAAUGUCCUGUGUUAAACUUAUACCACCUGCCCCAUUGACUUUCAUUGUAAGCGGACUUCUGUGAACAUGUUUUUACAAAAGCGUUGAUAAAGCUUAACUUGUUUUUAACAUGAUGAGCGAUGAGACAUUUUGUUAGUCGUUUGGCUUUCAAUGACAUAAAAACCUCUAUAAUGUUGGUUGAUAAUGGAUGAAAUCAUGUGGAGAUGUUUUCUAUUUUGUUCCUAAAUGGUUUUACAAACUCAUCUGGGCCUAAAACAAUGACAAACACUGUCUUUACCCUUCAAAAUGUCUUACUCCAUCUGUGUAUGUGAGAAAGCUACAGUGAGUGUCGUCUGCGUAUUGUCUUGUUAGAUAUAUAAAUGAAAUGUGUGUUUGAAUAUUUUCUGUAUUUCAGAUAGAAUCAUACAUUAAAACCAGACUCAUAUCAUGUCAUCAUUUUGGACUGCAGGGGCGUCCGAUCUCUGACUGUUAAGUAUUUAUUUUAAGUUAUACCAGAAUACAUUCAUGCAAUGCUGUUUUGUCCAUCUCUGUUUUCUGUUGUUUUAUUGUAUUUUUUUGUACAUAUGCCAUCUUUAAAAAUGAACAUAAAUGCCUUCUUACUGUACAGUGAAACAGUCUGUAUUAAAAUCAGGUCUCUGUUACGCUAAACUGGUCUGUUUUAUGUCAACAUCUCAAUUUUUCACUAAAAGAACAAUCAAAAAUAUUGAAUAAUUUUUUUAGAUAGAUAGAUAGAUAGAUAGAUAGAGUGGUGGCCAAAAAUAUUGGCACCCUUGAUAAAUAUGAGAAAAGAAGGCUGUGAAAAAAAAUCUGCUUUGUUCAUCCUUUUGAUCUUUCAUUCAAAAAAUUCACAAAAAUCUAAUCUUUAAUUGAAGUAAAACAAUUGAAACGGGAAAUAUCUCAUUAUUAAAUAAAUAUUUUUCUUCAAAACACGUUGGCCACAAUUAUUGGCACCCUUAGAAAUUCUUAUGCGUAAAAUAUAUCUGAAGUAUAUUCCCAUAUUUUACAUUUUUUUAGUGCACCUGGGUGACUAGGAACAUGAAAUUGUUCAGCCAUGACUUCCUGUUUCACAGGGGUAUAAAUAUGAGGUAACACACAAGCCAAAUUCCCUUAAUCAUCAAUCACAGUGGGUUAGAUUAAAAAAAUAUAGUUCUGAUGUGUGGCAAAAGUUGUUGAGCUUCACAAAAUGGGAAGUGGCUAUAAGAAAAUAGCCAGAGCAUUGAAAAUGGCCAUUUCCACCAUCAGGGCAAUAAAUAACAAGUUCCAAUCAGCUGGAGAUGUUAAGAAUCGGCCUGGAAAAGGACGUUGUGUCUAUAUUGUCUCCAUGCACACUGAGGAUGGUUCAAGUGGCCAAAGAAUCUCCAAGGAUCACAGCUGGAGAAUUGCAGAAAUUAGUUGGGUCUUGGGGUUAGAAAGUCCAAAGAAAUAUAUCAGACAUCACCUACAUCACUGCAAGUUAUUUGGGAGGGUUUAAAGAAAAAAAGCCUCUGCUCUCAUCCAACAACAAACUCAAGCGUCUUCAGUUUGCCAGACACUACUGGAACUUCAAAUGCGACCGAGUUCUAUGGUCAGAUGAAACGAAAAAAAAUAGCUUUUUGGAAGCAAACUCCAGAGAUGGGUUUGGCGCACAUAGAGAUGAAGGAGUACCCAAUGCUCACGGUUAAAUAUGUUGCUGGAUCUUGAAUGUUGUGGGGCUGUUUUUCUGCCUGAGGUUCUGAACAUCUUGUUCGGAUACAUGGCAUCAUGGACUCUAUCAAAUACCAACAGAUAAAAAAUCAAAACCUGAUUGUCUCUGCCAGAAAGCUUAAAAUGGGCCCUGGUUGGAUCUUCCAGUAGGACAAUGAUCCAAAACAAACAUCAAAAUCAACACAAAAAUGGUUCACUGACCACAAAAUCAAGGUUUUGCCAUGGCCAUCCCAUUCCCCUGAACUGAAUCCCAUAGAAAACCUGUGUGGUGAACUGAAGAAGAAAGUAAGCCAACAUGACCUCUGAAUUUGAAGGAUCUGAAGAGAUUCUGUAUGGAGGAAUUGUCUCAGAUCCAUUGCCAUGUGUUCUACAACCUCAUUAGGCAAUAUAAGAGAAGAAUCAGAGCUGUUAUCUUGGCAAGGAGAGGUUGCAAAAAGUAUUGAAUAAAAGGAUGCCAAUAAUUAAGGCCACUGUAUACAGACAGAUAGAUAGAUAGAUAGAUAGAUAGUUUGUACAAUGUGAAUUAUACCCCUCAGCAUAAUUAACCCUUGUGCAACCUUCGAGACAUUUUUGUCUUUUUCAUUUUUGUUUUUUCGAUCAAUUUGACUGUUAAUGCCAACGGCAUAAAUUUAGCCAAAGGUGUGUAUUUUUGGGGGAAUUUUGAUAUUUCAACCUCAGUUCCUAUAAUACAUCUAUAAUACACUGUGUACACAAAAUAGUUACACUCAGGACCUUCAGGACAAAAAUGUCCCCAUUGAAACCCAUUAAAACAAUAUUUGCAGUAUUUGAUCCCAGUGCCAUUAAAGCAUAAAAUCAUGAAUUCUAUGAUAUUAUGAUUUCAUUCCGGAGCACUGGCUUCAAAUUUUAAUUUUUUUUUUUUAUAUUUUCCACCAGAUGGCGCCAUUUUUCUCAUGUUUAGCCUAUGGAGCAAAUACAUGCUUUUCCCCUAUUUUCUGUUUGCUGUAUUAUAGAGCACUGCAGGCCAAUUGAGUAAAUGAUGCAGCUAAUAUUGUGUGUGUGUUGGUAUGGAUGUCAGAGUGUGUUUUGUGUGUAAAAAAAAACAAAAGUGGCAUUAUAUAAACAAACUGGCAUUUAAAGGGUUAAAAUCCUGAAAAUGAAUGAAUAUUUGGUAGUUAUGAUCAGGACUGAUGUUGGUUACAAAAUUAACUUAUUGAAAUCCCUGUACUUGCUUGUUUUGAUUAUUGGGGGGGGUUACCUCCCCCUCAUCCCCCCUGGAAUCUAAGCCACUGCUUAUAACUAUAAUUAUAUUUAUUCUGCAGGUUUUAUAUGUGAUAAAGUGUGUGUGUUGUACACUUAAAUGAUGAUGAUAUGAGGUUCAGGCUGAUUUUACUAACAAAAUAAUGUGAAAAUAAA